AUGGGGUACACCUCCCUGGCAGACACGCGCCAUCCCGGCAUGGUGGUGUUCCAGAGGGCAGUGGUGGAGGAGUCGCCCCCCAUGUUCAUCACGGACUUCACGGUUGGAGGCGACCUCGGGCGUCACUACAUGGCCAUGCGCAGGGAGCACCAGAACCCGAAUCGGCGCGCCGCUCUCAUGCGAAUUCUGGAAGGAUGCGUGACACAUAAAAUGCCGAGGCCGCAGCAGGCCGACGAGCACGCAUCCCUCCGCUUCAUCAUGCUGGACGCCUGGGCCGAGGACCCCAGCGAUCGUCCAGAUGCUCGAGAGCUCAUCCGGCGACGCGCCACGAUAUCGUGA